UAAAGCGCGCAUCUGUAGUGUCUAGUCGUCUAAAAAGUGGGAAGUUAUCUUUGUCUCGUUUCUUGAUUCUCGAAAUAUCGAAAUCGAAUUCACCAUUUUUAAGUCACAUAUAAAAACGUUUUGCGCAUGCGCGUAUUUUGCCUCAUGUUCCAAAAGUAAGGUUAACUAUUCUUUACAGAGCUUAACCUUAAAGUGAUGAAGCGGUGAUACAUAAUGAUAUAUGUGUACAUCACAUUGCGAUACGUGUUACAUCUACGAUGUUUGUAAAUAAUAUUAAAUUGAUUACUUUCACGAAGCAUUCAGCAUUGAAAACUUACAUUGAUAAUACAUAUUGUUAUUUGAAAACUUGUCGCCAUGUAAUUCAGGCAUUUAAUUAUUCUACGAAAUGCGACGCGAAAGCGAACACCGUUCAAUCGUCUCUCGAUUCCAGAGUCGUGGCACUGCGAGAGAAAUUGAUAUAUUGCGAUUAUUUAGAUUAUCAGAAAGUGAAAAUGAGUUACAUGAAGCGUUAUUUAUUGAAAAAGAAGACUGAGUAUGCUAAAAGGAACAAGCGAAUUGAUACGCUUGUAAAUUUACCUGUCUACAGCGUACUCCUGGACGCGAAGAAUGACGAAGACACUCGUUUGGAGCAGAAAUAUACAAGUACAGAAGACGAUUUAAUAAAACCUGUAUAUAUGCCAUAUGCAACUACUGAUUCGUAUAGUAAUGUGGACACAUCUUUAAACGAAUCGAAUGAAAGUAAUUUUAAUGAAAAUAUACCAUUGAAUGAAGAGUAUAAAGCUCUGUAUGAAAGAUAUUUAAUGGAAAAGUAUAAAGCCUUAGAAAGAAAUGAAGAUCUCAGUCUGGAAGACUAUUUAAAGGACAAAGAUGUCGAUGGAUUAUAUGAGAAAGAAUCUAAUGUUCCGUACAAUUGGAUGGUUGAUGUCGAGCAAUAUGAUGAUACUUUGCAAGACAAUAUCUGGCUCAACAAUUAUGGUACUCCAGAUCCAAAUUCGAAUAUUAGUUCUGUUCCAUGUGGCGGCUGUGGUGCCUUGCUGCACUGUAAAGAUCACGCUCUACCAGGUUAUUUGCCUUCGGAACUAUUUUUAAAGAAAAGUAACCAGGAACUGCAAGUUAUGAUUUGUCAAAGAUGCCACUUUAUGCGACAUUACAACACCACGUUGGAGGUGAAAGUCUCUGCAGAUGAAUAUCCAGAACUUUUAAAAGUAAUAAAAACAAAGAAAUGUGCUGUCAUUCUCAUGGUCGAUCUUACGGAUUUUCCAUGCAGCAUAUGGCCUGAGAUAAAUAGCGUUCUCCAUCCUUUGACACCGGUAUUUGUUGUAGGAAAUAAAAUAGAUUUAUUGCCUCAAGAUUCAAGACAUUUCUUUGCUCAUGUUAAAGAUUGUUUGUCGAAGGCUGUAGAAAAUACAGGAAUCAAGAAGGAGAAUAUCAGACAUGUAGCACUCAUAUCUGCAAAAAGUGGUUAUGGCAUAGAGGAACUUAUAAAUAAAUUGCAUGCCAUUUGGAAAUAUAAAGGAGAUGUUUAUGUGAUUGGGUGCACAAACGUGGGUAAAUCCUCUCUAUUCAACGUUCUUCUGCAAUCCGAUUAUUGUAAGGUACAGGCUGUAGAUCUUAUACAACGCGCAACUAUUUCUCCUUGGCCAGGCACGACAUUGAACCUGCUGAAAUUUCCUAUCUUAAAUCCCAACAAAUCGCGGCUUUACUCGAGAAUGUUACGAUUAAAAGAGGAACAACUAUACAAGCAUGUUGAAGAGAAAUUUAGAAUCAGUCAAUUCAAAACGACGCGUAAAUUAGAGUACGCCACAUUACAAAGUCACAUUGGCAGAACGUUUCAAUCCAAAUCCAAAACUAAAGUAACAAACGAUCCAUUUGCGGAAGCAAAAUACGAUAACAGCUCUAUGCAACAAUUUGGUUUUGACGAGAACAAAGAGGAGUAUAAAUACAGCCGUUGGUGUUAUGAUACUCCUGGCACCAUACAACAAGAUCAAGUAUUGGAUUUGCUAACGAUGCAAGAACUUUUGUCGGUUUUACCGAAGAAAAUAAUUUCACCUAGAACUUUUAUUCUACACGUAAAUCAAACGAUAUUUUUGGGCGGAAUAGGUAGAUUGGAUUACGUAGAGGGUGACAGUUUUAUUAGGUGCACGAUAUUUUCGAGUGAUGAACUACCUGUAACUUUAACUCGUACUGAGGACGCGGACGGCGUAUACAAUGAAUUACUCAAAACGGAAGCGUUUGUCGUACCUGAGAACAAUCUGGACCGAUUGAAACAUUGGCCAGCGCUAGGAUCGAAACAGAUAGAGAUUACUGGUGUCGGAAGAAAUGAAUCGAUCGCCGAUGUCGUUCUAUCCAGUGCGGGAUGGAUCGCGAUCGCUGCUAAAGAAGCUAAACAUGUUGUGUUGAGAGCUUGGAGCCCACAAGGACGCGGUUUGCAUUUAAGAAUGCCGGCGCUUUUGAAAAAAUCUGUCGCUCUACGUGGCAAUCGAGUCUCAGAUACACCAACCUACAGAAGCGGUGUUCAAGCAUAUAAAAAAUAAAUAAUCCUUUUUCAUACGCAUAUAUUGUGUACGUACAUAUAUUCCAAAUGCACAUCCUCGCAUUACAUAUCUAUUUCAGCA